AUGGCCUCGAGUGAUCACCAAAUGUUCCCUGUAACCCUCGAGAGAACCCCCACAUCGAUCGACAAACCAUUCACCCUUCGCCGGCUAUACGAGACCGGUAACCUGAGGAGAUCCGGGCUCUUGGAGCAGCCUGAACCAAGCCAAUACCUGAACAAAAAGAUUUGCGCCAUACGGGGCAACGUUGUCCAGCUCCUCGUCGAUGGAGUUAUCACCGCUGCCAACACGGAGCUCUCCGGCAGUCAUUUUGCCAACAACGUCGAUAGUGGCGUUCACGAAGCUGGCGGCCAGCGACUACGCCAGGCGUGCCGUGCCUUGGGAGGUUGCGCGGUCGGUGGCGCAAAGGCCACCAACGGCCACGGCCUUGCGGCCAGGUGGCUGAUCCACGCGGUGGCUCCGGUCUUCAGCAGCGCCAUGCAAGGUGAGCGUGGACUCCAGCUCAGGUCCGCAUAUCUCAAUGGAAUGCGAUGCGCCGUCCAAAAUCGGUGCCGCACGAUUGCCAUUUCGUGUUUGUCCAUCGGGCCGUAUGGCUUCCCAACCGGGACGUCGGCAAUGAUUGCUCUUGAAGCAGUCAAAGAGUUCCUGCAAGGCCCCAGUGGGCAUGUCCUCAGAAAGGUUAUCCUUGUCGUUACCACCCUCCAUGAAGCCGAGGUCUAUGCGAUGUGCUUGCCGCGAUACUUUCCUCCGACGCGUUCUGACCUCGGUCUCCCGCCGACCGAGCCCCUCCUGCCCACACUUACCUUUCAGCCUUGGGGCCCAUCGGGCUACAGGAAUUCUGGCCCGUAUGGGCAGAUCUUUUGCCACCCAGCUGUAGGAAAUGCAGACAACGCGGUGGAACCAGAGGAGAGGAGAGCGCCAAUUGAGACACUGGCAGUCGACGAUCGCGCCGAGGACCCGGCCAGCCUCCUCGCAGCCAUGAAGGACACCUUUCGUGGUUGGUUUGCCUGUUUUUGA